CGAAUACACCCAGUUACGUCCCUUAUUCACAUUUUUGCCAUUUUAUUUAAUUUCAAUAAGUGGAAAACAAUACAUCUUAAUACUCAAGAAAAUGCUAUUUAUUAACAGAACCACGAUCUGAUAGAGUCACGGCGAAAACAUACACUGACACUCCAUCAUGGAUCAGGCUUUAAUAAGAGAGCGAGAGCUCUUCAAGAAGCGGGCUUUAGCCCAGCCCACUGUUGAGAAGAGGAAGCCCAAAUCCUCUGAGCAAGAAAGGCCCGCAAAAAAGCCCAAACCUGCACCGAGGCCGAGGGAAGCUAACAGUGGUGCUAGUUUUGAUUAUAAGACUGCUCACAGUAGCUCACAGUAUAAGUUUGGUAUUUUAGCAAAAGUUGUGAACUUUAUGAAAGCAAGACAUUUGAGAGAAGAUGGUUAUCCAUUAUCACUGGAUGAAAUUCUUGAUGAGACAAAUCAAACAGAUGUUGGAAACAAAAAUAAACACUGGUUAAUGACAGAGGCACUGCCAAAUAAUCAGAAACUUACGCAAGUGGAUGAAGAUGGUGAGAAGAAGUACAAAUACAACCCAAAGCUGAUUAUAAAGGACCGGAGAGCCCUGCUCAAUCUUCUGAAGCAACAUGAUCUUCAUGGGGAGGGUGGACUACUUCUUGAUGACGUAGAGGAAAGCCUGCCCAACUCUGCGAAAGCUAUACAGAAACUGGGGGACAGUGUGUUGACAAUUGCGAGGCCAAAUGAUAAGAAGAAGAUCCUAUUCUACAAUGACAAGUACUGUCAGUUCAAAGUUGAUGAGGAGUUUAUAAAACUUUGGAGAGGUGUGUCUGUAGACGGUCAAGAUGAGCAGAAAAUAGAAGAAUAUCUGGAGAAACAGGGAAUCACCUCUAUGCAGGAUGUUGGACUCAAAAAAGUGCUUCCAUCACAGAAAAGAAAGAAGGGAGGAAAUCGUCGCUUCAAGAAACACAACGACCAUCUGGCAGGGGUCCUCAAAGACUAUGGGGAGUUUAAAGCUAGUAAAGGGGACAAAUGAUUAUUCCUGUUUUAUGCUUAUGUUGUUAUGCGGUUGCUGGAAAUUAGUGUUCUAAAGAUGUAGGAUGAGUUUUAAGGCUUAUAAAGCGAACAAAUGACUUAUCCUGGUUGGUAUUUUGCAUAUCAAUAUAUGAUUGUUCUAAAAGAAUAUGCUAAGAUUUAAGGAUUUUAUUUCCAUAAAGCAGACCAAGGAUAAAUUCUGUAUCAAAUGCUGUGUUAGGAUUUCUUUUUGAUAUUUUAAAAUACAAAUUAUGGCCUUUUAAUUAUAUUACUCUUUUUUUAAGAUUUCACAUAGUGACUUUUACUUAUAUCGUGUAUACAGUUGAUACAAAUUAAUUUAAUACUUCACAUUUUGUCCUGCGCCGGCAUAGCACAAUUAUGUAACAUAACUCCUAAUCAUUCUUUAUACAACUUACAUCCCUUGAUCAACUUAAAAAGUUUGGUUAAAGUUUUAAGGCAACUUGGGGUUUGAACUCAAAUACUGUUCAUUCAAUGGACUUCAUACUUAAUGUUCAAGGUCAUCACACAAUAAGGUUAUAUAUAACUAAUAACUUCAUAUUAUCCUAAUACUUUAUUCAUAUAAUAAUAAUAAAUAUUAUAUGUUUGACAGGCACAUAUAAUAUCAUUGAAUGCAUUCAUUUCUAAGAAAAAGCGGCAUACAGUCAAGUUCAAUGUCUUACGACAGCUCUUGUUUAAGAAAAGGAUUGAACUUAGUUAAUCUAACAUUAUAGCUUUGAUAUAAGCAUUGUCAGUGUGUGUAUACCACGUGAUAAAUUGUGUCAUAAAUGCUACGUCGGAAGGCAAUAUUUUGCUUCGAAUGAAGACUUUAAACAAAGAUAAUUUCACUAUUUCUUCGCCAUUUUAAAUGAAACAUACCGCAGUCUACGCCACUUACUGAGUCCCGCCUUCGGUCUUUUACCAGAGUUUGAUUGAGAGAUUAGUUUCUUAAAACACUUCGACAAACCUUUUCACAGUACGGCCAUCUGAUGGAGCACUGUCUAAACAUUAUUUUGGAAACAGGUUUGUCGAAGUGUUUGAUUAAACUAAUCACCUUAUCAAAUUUCGGUAAUAAAAUUAAGGCGGGGCUCUUUAAGCGGCACAGACUGCCCUUUGUUUUAUUUAAAAUGAUGUUGUAAAAGAAAAGUUUUCUUUGAUUUAAGUCUUUAUUUUAAGCAAAAUGUUGCCUUCCGACGUAGCUUAUAUGAAGAAAUUUAUCACGUGGUAUACACGCACUGUUGUCCAUAUCUCAAAAAUUGUCCAUGAAAUUCUCAUGAAACUAAGUUCACAUGUUACCAAUGUCAGUAUAUAUAUUUGUAACAAUUCCCACAACUCUGGCUUAAUAAUUGACGAGUUAUAUCCCUUGAUUGAUGAUGAAAAGCCUUUGGAGUAAAUAAUCUCAGGAAAAAGGGAUAAAUGGAAGAGAUUGUUGUUUUUGUUGUUAGUAUACAAUUAAGGUAUUAUAUAAAUGUAGUGAUGUUUUCAAUGGCUCGUGUUUCAUUGAUAUAUAUGUAUUCAAACAUUUGUUGAACAGUAGUUCAGUAAGAUUUGUUUUUAUCCUGCAUCUCAAUAAAUACCUUGAAAUUGUA